UUUGAACCAUUUGAUAGUAAAUGUGUUAGGCUUCAAGUCAAGGUCACUUAGGUCCGUUUUGGGACUUAUAUGUUUAUUAACUAGUUAUGUUUCGUUUAAAAUGUGCUUUUCAAGUGUACGAUUGGGGUAAAGUUGGAGUAAACAGUGAGGUCUACAAGCUAUUGAGUCAAACUCAAGAGCUAGAUAACUUGAGGCCGUAUGCAGAGCUAUGGAUGGGGACUCAUGUUUCUGGACCGUCUUUCAUGAUGGAUAGUCCUUCAGUAUCUCUUGACGCCUAUAUUUCAAGAAAUCCACACUGUUUAGGUUCGAAAGUAUCUGAAAAAUUUGGCAAUGCUUUACCUUUUCUGUUCAAAGUUCUUUCUGUGCGAAAGGCGCUAUCUAUCCAGGCCCAUCCAGACAAGGUAAGUUCGUACACAUUAAUCCGGUAGUGGCUGGUUUUAUUCUUGGUUCGUCUUUGCCUUUAUUGAUGUUUUCAUGUAAAACAGUUGUGGUUUAGUCUCAAUUGAGACUACUUAAGUAUACACCUUAAUAAAAAAAACGAGAAAAGCCAUGGUGCAAAUAUCAAAAUAUUAUUAAAGGAGUAUGCUGUCAAGUUACAUGCUAAUAGACCUGAUUUAUACAAGGAUGCUAAUCACAAACCAGAAAUAGCUAUCGCAUUAACACCUUUUGAGGCAAUGGUCGGUUUCAGACCACCUGAAGAAAUUGGUGCCUUUGCGAAACAUAUUCCUGAACUUCACGCUAUUAUUGGUCCAGAUUUUACAAAUGACUUGUUAAAUAUCUUCACAGAUAAAACACUUACUUCUUCGUCAAUUAAAGCCGCCUACUCUCGUUUGAUGAAUGCCGAGUCCAGUGUUGUCAGUAAUUUAGUGGAAGCUUUGAAAAGACGUCUGACUAAUGGUGAAAAGAUAGUUAUCCCACCUUUUAAAAAUUAUAUUCUUGAUACAGAAGCUCUUGGAGAGAUAUUCAUUCGUUUGGCAACAGAUUACUCUGGAGAUGUUGGUUGUUUUAGUUUGUUCUUUUUUAAUUAUUUAAAACUCAAUCCAGGAGAAGCAAUUUUUCUUGAACCUAAUUUGCCACAUGCUUAUUUAUCCGGUGAUUGCGUGGAAUGUAUGGCUUCUUCGGAUAAUGUAAUUCGUGCCGGUUUAACACCGAAAUUCAAAGAUGUGGAUCAUCUGCUUCGAAUUAUUCAAUAUGAACCUCGAUGGGGAUCAGCAUUGAAAUUUAUUGGGCAGACGAAAAAAAUUGUACCAAUCGAUUCAGAUGUGCAUACUAGUGAUGAUCAAGAAAAGAAAUCAAUUAAAGAUGAUACAUCAGUUAUGUCUGAAAUUGUGACAUUUUCUCCUCCAGUUGAUGAUUUUGCUGUGGAUAAAAUCUCAAUAUCGGACAAGGAUAAAAUAGUUCAGUUUUUGCCAUUGAAAUCUGCCAGCAUCUUGAUUAUUAUCUAUGGGAAAGGCACAUUACAACGUUUGCAUUGGGAUCCUUUAUCCACUUCUAACACUAAGGUAGACAAUCACAGAUCAAAAUAUGCGGAUAAUUAUUCAAUGCCUUCUGCGUUUGUUUGUGAAUCUUUUGAAUACGAUCAAGGAUCAGUGUUUUUCAUCAACGCUGGAACUGCUUUCAGUGUUCAUCAAUUACAGAAAAAUGAUUCACAUUUAUUAGCAUUUCGAGCUUAUGCAAAUGUCUCCACUGACUAAAUAUUAUUUUUUGGAAUCCUUUCUUACCCUCAUAUUUUUAAUUUAUAUUGAUUUUUUGUUUUCUAGAAAUCCGGUUCUCUAAUUAGUUUGCAAUAAACAUUGUAUUCAAUCUUAUCAUUUGGAAACUAUAUUUUCCUUUAAUUGGCUCUUUAAUAAUAUGUGAGAUAUAUAAACAAUAAAAGAAACAGUGAUUGUACUAGAUUCAAUGUUUUUCUUUUCCGUAUAUUAUGUUGUUCGUAGUAAACGAUUGUUAUUUAUUCGUAUAUAUUUUAAUGGAUUACUUAAUCUGA